CGCGAGAAGACCUUUUAGCACGAAUACCUUGGCCUUCACUCGUUGUUGACAUCAAGCUGAGCUGUUGUACAAGGAUACCUGAACGACGAGAUCAAGUAGCUGGCUGAAUCUUCGAACAGGCAGCUGAAAUUGUGGUGUAAGGUCGAUUCGGCAGUAGCAUCAGGAGCCUGCUGGCGCUGAUCCGCCAUGCUUUCUCAUCAUUCCGCCUUUCGCUUGUUGUCCCUGCUAGUCUUGGUCGCCCUUACGUCCCCUAGCACAUUCGCAUCUGCAUCCACAUCACGACCUCACGCUCGAACAUAUGACACGCAUCAAUACUAUGCUCUAGAGCUGCGCUCAACAUCCACACCAUACGCCGAAUCCAUCGCGUCCUCACUGGGCGUGGAAUUGGUAGAAAAGAUCGGAGAGCUGGACGAUCACUGGCUAGUCCGACGACCAGGUUCCACCGUAUCUCAAGAGGAUUUAUCCAAACGUUCCUACUAUGAAAAAGACCCUAUCCUGGAGAGAUGGGAUCAUUUACGCUCCUUAACUCCUCGAGGUCAAGGCAAGAAUGCUUUGAAAUCUCUGCAACCUCUAUCGCUUAGACGGCGAGCUAAACGGUUGCCUGCUCCCAUGGUGGACCCUGAUGCUCGACCCAUACAUCUUUCCACUGGAAUGGCCGCUCGACAAGACACAGCUGAGCUCUCAUUUGCCCAAGGCGAUAUCGGAAUUAUGGACCCCAUGUUGAACCUGCAAUGGCAUCUGAUCAAUACCGAACUCAAGGAUGUCGAGCUGAAUGUAACGGGCCUAUGGGCGAGGGGGAUCACAGGGAAAGGAGUCCGAGCAGUGGUCGUCGAUGACGGCUUGGAUUUGAAUUCGGACGAUCUACAUGACAACUUUUAUGCCGAUGGAUCCUGGGAUUUCAAUGAUCAUACCAAUCUGCCUCUGCCCCGACUUUCAGAUGACCAGCACGGUACACGCUGCGCGGGGGAGAUCUCAGCAGUCAAAAAUGAUGUCUGUGGUGUCGGAGUCGCAUAUGAAUCUCAAAUUGCUGGCGUCCGGAUUCUCAGUGGAGCCAUCUCUGAUGCGGACGAGGCGGCGGCUCUGAACUAUCAUUACCAGGAAAACGAUAUCUACUCAUGUUCAUGGGGACCACCAGAUGAUGGCAAAUCUAUGGACGCACCGGAAGGCGUCAUCCUGAAGGCAUUUGUCAAUGGAGUACAGCGAGGUAGAGGAGGAAAGGGAUCCAUCUUUGUCUUUGCUGCUGGCAAUGGUGGAGGUUCUGAGGAUCAAUGUAAUUUUGACGGAUACACCAACUCCAUCUUCUCCAUUACGGUCGGAGCUGUGGACAGGAAAGGUCUACACCCGUAUUACUCUGAACUCUGCGCUGCGAUGAUGGUCGUUGCUCCGAGCUCUGGGUCCGGAGAUCACAUUCACACCACCGACGUUGGCAAAAAUAAAUGCGCGCAUACCCAUGGAGGAACCUCGGCAGCGGCCCCAUUGGGUGUCGGUGUCUUCGCUCUGGCUUUACAAGUCAGACCAGAAUUGACGUGGAGAGACAUGCAACAUAUCUGUGUUAGGACAGGAGUUCACUUCAACCCUGAUGAUCCUGACUGGCAAUUGACGGCGGCAGGACGCUGGUUCAGUUACAAAUAUGGAUAUGGCCGAUUGGAUGCUGGACGAGUCGUGGACCUCGCUCAGACUUGGAAACUUGUCAAGCCCCAGGCUUGGUUCGACUCUCCCGCUAUUCAUCUCCCCAGUGAUGCGUCAUUCAUGCCGCGACAGAUCGAAGACGUGCCCGGACAACAAGACGACAAUGGCGAAGGCGCAGAUCCUACGCCAGUCAUUCAGAGGCCCGGCACCACGAUUACCUCAGAGGGUAUCAAGUCGUCAUUCGAGGUGACUCAGCAGAUGCUGGAUGAUUCCAACUUUGAGACCCUCGAGCAUGUGACAGUCCGGGUCUGGAUCGAGCAUGAACGACGGGGUGAUGUGGAAGUCGAGAUCAUGAGUCCAAAUGGGAUCAGCAGUGUUCUCGCUCGCAGACGGAGAUACGACGAGGACAGAAAUGGCUUCCCUGGCUGGAAGUUCAUGUCUUUAAAGCACUGGGAAGAAUCACCUGUUGGAACCUGGACCAUUACAGUGUAUGACAGGAAUGACAAUGGCAAAUCUGGUCGACUCAUCUCGUGGGCCUUACAACUGUGGGGAGAAUGUCAAGAUGCGUCUCUUGCUAAGAUGUGGGCUCCUGCCGAGGAGGGUCAGCCAGACGAGGAGCAGAUUGGAUCCGAUCCCACACCUUCGGUGACUCAAAAGCCAAAACCGACCGCGCACUUGCCUGAGGAUCAUGGUUCCGCGAGCGGGGAGGCAGAUCGACCUGGUUUGGGAGAUCAUACUGAUGGCGAUGCGACCGGUAACGCAGAUGCAACUGAUCCAAGUGAACCUGUAGACGACACCGAUGGCACCUAUUGGCACGGUAUCGAGGCACUCGCCAAGGACAAGAUGUGGCUUGGAGGUUCUGCUGUGAUCGUCCUAUUUGCGGCCUCAGGUCUCGGUCUAUUUUUCUUCAUUCGGGCUCGAAGACGACGUAAUCGCAAUCUGUUCGGCAUGUCUAAUAACGGUCAAGGUGCCAGAGGAGCCUAUGCACCUGUCAACGAAGAUGUCCCGAUGGGUUUGCUCGAACGUGGCAGACGCAAGUUGGGCGGUGGAAGUGGCGGUGGAGUAGGUGCUGCGGCAGGAUCAAAAGAGCUAUAUGACGCGUUUGGAGAUGGACCGAGCGACGAAUCUGACGUGGACGAUAGUCCUGGACUCGACGAGCGGACAGCUCUGCGUUACCACGAUGACUUUUUAGAGGAUGAUCCUCGGACGGCAGACCCACCGAGCUAUCGAGAUGAGCCAGAGCAUGAGGAAAAAGGUGCCAUCGAAGGGGGCAGACUUGUCAAGCGAGAACAAGAACAAGGUGGUACGGAUAGGCGCGGAGAGGGAGAGAGUAACAGUGGUAGCUCUAGUUCCUGGCAGGAUGCUGCCGAGGAUGUCAGAGGUGUAUAGAGGGGAACGUGCAUUUGAGCUCCUUUGUAUCAAUUCGAUCUUUGCAUGACGUGUC